CGGAAAUUUGACCAUGAUUUUAAGGAGUAGGAAGCGAUGACCAUGAUCAUUUUUCUAUUUUAACAAAAAUUUGACAAAAAAAAAUUUUUUUUUUAAACUUUGGCGACAAUAUGGGUGAAAAUAGAUAUUUAGGCCAUAUUGUUAGCCAACAACCAAAAACGUUCGAUCUGAUCAUCGACUCAGUGUAUUUACCAGAAAAAAAACCAGAAAAAAUCUCAAAAACCAGAAAAAUGUUAAAUGAUCAUUUAUUUGGUUAUAUUUUAACCAUUUCAAGUGGUAUUCUAUGGGGAUUAUCAACACCAUUUAUGAAACAAUCAUUUGAUUGGAAUGAUUCAAUUUCAUCGAGAAAUAUUCUAUCUUCGUUUUGGCCUAUAAUUAAAUUGUUAAUUUCAAAUUGGAAGUUUAUCAUAUUUUUUUUACUAAAUCAACUUGGUUCAAUCAUAUAUACUUGUUCAUUAUCAUAUACACCAAUCAAUCUAGCUGUACCAUUAAGUAAUUCAAUCAAUUUAAUAUUAGUUUUUAUAUUUGAUAGUUGGUUUUUCAAGGAAAAUAUUAUCAUCAAUACAGAAAUUCUCAUCGGUUUAUUUCUAAUCAUCAUUGGCAUUACAUUAUGUACUUUAUCCUGAUGAAGAAAAUUCAUUUUUGAAAAACAUUCGAAUAUUGGCCCAAUCAAUUCAUAGAUAAAGUAUUCAUGUUUUUUUUUCUUUUUGAUAUAAAACACAAGCAAACAUCAGCAAAUCUUAAAUCACGCAAUCUUUUUUUUCAUUAUUUAUUACUCAGAUAUAAACACUCUGCCGUUAUUUUAUACGGAUUCUACUCGUUCCCCAGUGUUGUGGUGUGUUUUUGUUUACAUAAAAUCAUCAUUUGAUUUGUGUGUUGUAAUGCAAUGCAGUGAAGUCAUAUAACAAGAAAUAUUGUUUUAUAACAUGUUUUACACAAACAAACACACACACCACACAAUGAUGAAAUGAAUAAAUCAAGAAAAAAGAUGAUGA